AUGAUAAUAAAAUAAAUUGAAAAACUAUUAAGUUCCAUCAAUGAAAACUAUUCAAAUAUUUAAUCUAUUGCCUAAGUUUGCUUUGAAAAUCCAGAUGAAGCAAAUUUUAUCGCAUUUCUUGUUGAAAAUGAAAUAAAGGAAGUUUAGCCUGAUAAAAAAUUGCUAUAUCUUUUUUUGAUCAAUGAAAUAUUUUAAUUAGAACUUAAAUAAAGAAGACCUACUAUUGAUUUUAUAAAAGCAUUUGGGAUAAAAUUGAAGAACAUGAUUUUAAAUUUCUAAAUACUCUCUAGCAUUAAACCAUUAGAUAAAGUCUUUUAUUUCAUAAAUAAAUGGGAGAAAGAUAUGAUAUUUCAUCCAAAUUUCACUAUGAAGCUUCGAAAUAUUCUCUUACCUAAAUAUGAACUAUUAUAGAAAUAAAAACAAUAAUAAUUAUUAGAUGAAAUGGAAAAGUCUGUAAAACUAGAGAAGAAUUUGAAAAUUAUUUAGGUUCUGUAUCACACACAAACUAAUGCUAUAAUCUACUUAAACAAGGCUAACAUCUUGAAAAACGAACCUUCGAAUUUAAUUAACACAGAAAUAAUAUUAACAAAAUGA